CACAGCUCCUAGCAUAUCCUUCCUCCUACCAGUUCGUCCAAUGGCCACUAUCCCUCGCGCCCUGUUCCUCGUCUCCCUGCUGGUGGCCCUCUCCUCGGCAGCCGUACCGGCCGCGUCGGCUGGACGAGGGAGCCGGCCGAUCCACCUGCACUUCUACAUGCACGACAUCACGGGCGGGCCGGGGCAGACGGCGGUGCAGCUGGUGAAGGGGCCCGGCCCGUCGCACCCGCUGAUGCCGGGGGCCCACUUCGGCGACACGACGGUGAUCGACGACCUGCUGACGGAGGGGCCCAGCGCGGCGUCGCGGGCCGUGGGCCGGGCGCAGGGCUCCUACAUGCUGGCGGGCCUCAGGGAGCCCGUGCUGAUGGUGUCCAUGACCGUGGCGCUGGCCCGCGACGGCCCGUACAACGGGAGCACCGUCGCCGUGGUGGGCCGGGACGACGUCUCCGAGGGCGUCAGGGAGCUCGCGGUGGCCGGCGGGACCGGCGCGUUCCGGAAGGCCACGGGACACGUCCUGUGGCGGACGGCUAAGAUGGAGUCCAGGGAUCACAUGGUGCUCGAGCUUGAUGUCUACGCUACCGUGCCGGGUGGUGCUUCUGCGGGCGACGGGCAGCGUCAGGCGUCCUGAACUCCUGAUUCCUGAACGCUUGCAUGCAAGCACGGGGUGAAGUGCCCGUCAAGCAAUGUUUGGGUGCUUUUUUGCUUUCGAAUUCCAAGUGUGCUUUUUUUCUAAAGCGCGCGCGGCUGUUCUUGUAACUUGCUCACCUGUUAAUUCGAAUUCAAUUGAUCAAAUUAAAUAUAAUACAGACUUGACUUUGCCGCAA